CUGCGUGUUCUCCUUGAGGCGGAAAGUCACUGAACGUCAACCAAUCCCAACCGCACCGAGGCAUCACAUGACAGGCUCCGCUUCAGCCGUGAGGAAAUCUGCUGUGGGCACUUUCGCUGCUACAAAGUCGAGUGGUGGAGGAGCUGAAAGGCCAGUUUGUUUAUCACCAUGUCGGGAUCCAGAGACCCAAAUCUGCUAGCUCAGACGAUCGGCUCGAACAUCCAGAAUAUAACGCAGCACACAUCUGAAAUCCAGAGAAUAGUGACCCAACUCGGAACAGACAAGGACACAACAGAGCUCCGACAGAGACUGCAGCAGAAACAGCAGCAUGUCAACCACCUGGCUAAAGAAACGGAUAAGUGCAUGAAGGAGUUCACCUCUUUACCUGUGACAGCUGAUCAGCGCCAAAGAAAGAUACAGCGAGAACGGCUUGUCAGCGACUUCUCCAAUGCGCUGGCAAUUUUCCAGAAAGUUCAAAGACAGGCGGCGGAGAAGCAGAAAGAGUUUGUGGCCAGAGUUCGUGCCAACUCAAGAGUUUCGGGUGGCUUUGCUGAUGAUGCAUUUGGAGGAAGGGCUUCAUCUUUUGAGAGUGAGAGCCAAGCUCAGAAACAGAGUUUUGACGAUGGCAUCACUGAGGAAGAUCUGCAUCUCAUCCAAGAGAGAGAGACAGCCAUUAGACAGCUGGAGUCGGAUAUCACUGACAUCAAUGAAAUCUUCAAAGACCUGGCAGUUAUGGUGCAUGAACAGGGAGACAUGAUUGACAGCAUAGAGGCCAAUGUAGAAAACGCAGAGGUGAAUGUACAGUCUGCCACGCAGCAGCUGGCCAGGGCUGCCACUUAUCAGCAAAAAUCUCGCAAGAAAAUCUGCAUCCUGAUCAUCGUACUAGUGGUGCUGGCUGUGAUCGUGGGCCUGAUCAUCUGGGGCUCGAUCAAAGGAUAAGAUGCUUCACUCACCUGGAUCUUCACAGGUGACUACUGACAUGCCUUCCAGUUGGAGGAUGAGGAGAAAAGCACUAUAUAUGUAUAAGAUUGGCCAAAGGGGCCUGUUUUUCGCGCAUAGACCAAAUCUUGGACUAAAUUACACUGUCAUUGGGAAUCGUCAUGAUCAAUAUGUGCCAUUGAAUCACCACAAAGUGACAUUAAGGUUCAGUCAGUUAAAACAAACUCCAUAUGGAGCAGUUUAGUUAAAACUUUUUUAGCAGAUGAAUCAGAAUUUUCAUGCCCUCCAUUCUGUAAACUCACAUUGUUCUUAUGAAAGAGCAAAAUGAGACUCUCCUUCAUGCAAAUGUCACUAAUAACGAAUGAAAGGUAGCAACCUUCAGUUAGCGGUGUGCAGGUUAUAUCAUGCUAAUUGGAGGAUUUUAGAUUGACUCUUUUAUUAGCCUUGUUAGCAUUACAAUCGAUCAUUUCUUUUAAUUAUAUUCAAUGAGUAAUCAAAAUCACUAAGUUAACGCUGCUGUCCUUUUGGAGAGCCAGGUCUGAAUGUAGGAUAGUGGUGAGUUCCACCAUUUUUCCCUGCCAAAAGUCAAAGCUUGGCUUUGAUUUGGAUAGUUUCACGGUUAACAUGAUGGGAGCCUUUAACAUUUGUUUAGAUGAUGACUUUAAUUUCAUAGACUUCCAUUGUGUGAAAAAGAAACUUCAUGUACGUUGAAGGAACAGCUUAAGUGCUGUAUAUUUGCUUUGCAAAGUAGCCAUGCUCUGCUUAACCUACAGAGAGCAUCUGUAUCUGUGUUUGUUUUCUCGCGUUACUAAUUUAAAAAUUAAUAAUUAAUAGGAAUCGAUUAGUUACUAUUUGCUUUUUUAUGCAAUUGGCAAGUGCAUUUUCAUUCUGCUGUACAAUGGUGGUAAAAGUCUUUUGGCUGUUCUGUGUCAAACUGAUCGUCUCCAAUCCAGUUUUUGACAGCACUUUUUCAGACACUCCCCAGAAAUAUGGGGAUAUAUUUUCAAACCCAUAGUAGAUAAUAUCUUGGUCUUGCCAGAAUUGUCAAAAAAACUGAAGCUGCAGAGGUUGGAAAUUAAUUACUAUUUGAAUCUGUCCAAUUGUCAUUCAGUCUUGACCUCUGCCAACCUUCAUGUUAUAGGGAGCUUCCAUUAUUAAUAUACUAAUCAUUGUCCAGCACUGCCUUGUGAAGGGAGUUCAUUUUGACUAUACAGGGCAUGCAGGCUUAAUUAAUAUAAAGCAUCUGAUCUGUUUUAACUUAUUUCACUUAUUGUUACCUUACCAUGUUGUCAGUGUGGUCACCAUUAUUGGCAGUUCACUUGCGGUAAACAGUCCAUGCAUUCACUAUGCAACACUAGUUUUAAUGUAGCAUUUCAGCAGAUAUCAUAACUGUGUUUAUGGCCAAAUCUGAUGCUUGUCUGAACAUCUCUAAACCAGAAAUCGGCACUGAGUCUGGUCUUUUCCACUCUUAAUUGGGUCACAGUCAUUGGCCUUCCGGAAAAUGUAAGCAGUUAGCUUUUUGAAAGACUGAAGGAGUCGGAGUGCCAAGGUUUGUGAAUAUCUAGAAAAUGAAGUGCCAUUUAAAAAAGCAUUCCAGUUUUACAUUAGUCAUUGUGUUGCCUUGCCAAAAAGACAGUACACAGGCUUAGGGGAGAGAGUCAGAUCUGAGAGUUGUAAUGAUAAUUUUAUUCUGUGAUACAAACACAUUUCUGGAAAGUUAUUGUGCCUUUGUUGUUUUUUUUUAAGAAAUUCAGCGUGCAUUUCUUUAUGUCAAAGACACGUCUGCAGCUUUCCUGCUAGCUUUUUUUGUUCUCCGGCAGGUUCUGGUUUUAACUGUAACAACUUGCAUCAAAUUGUGGAUUUAGGGUAGAAUUAAUUCAUCUCUCUUCAUUAGCUUCACUUCAGAUCUCGUCAGUUUCUAGUUUUAAUUUUGCAGUUUAUUCUUUUUUUUUUUAAUUUUAUAAAAUGUAAUCACAUAAUAAUAUGCAGCCUUAUUAAGAAAAAAAUGUAUUUGAAUCAGAGCAUAAUUUUCCAUGCUUUGUUUAAUAAAUAUGAUUUUAAAUGUUUCAUCUCUUUGUGUAAUAUGCCAUCAAAACAUAUGUAGUGUUGAAAAUGAAAUGAAGUUCUAGCUAUCAGAAACACUUUUUAAUGUUUGUGUUGCAAAGACUAAUCUAGAAGCAAUAAAACGCUCCCUGUCAAUUUUUA